GUAGAGUUUAGUGUUUGCCGUUUGCUUGCCAGACAACGUUGGCGUGCUCAAUCAUGAAAUACUGUGUUGUCUUGUUGAUGUUGAUAAGAAUCGUGAACGAAGUGUAUGGAGGUUGUACUUUAUCAUUAAAAAAUGAUUUCUCAACGCCAUCGCCAGUCUAUUUACUAAAAAACAAAUUUUUGGCGCCAAACACACAGUCGGGUGACAUUUUGCUGCGUCGUUCGGAAACUUUGCAAGUCGCCUGUCCGGGACGCAAAAUCUCCAUUGUUUUGGGAAAUACAACAACGGAUUUUGAUUUAUUGAACGUAAAAUGUGUGUCGGACAAAUUAUUUAGAUCCCGAGAGAUAGAUUGGAUUGGAGAAAUAAAAGAGAUUAAAUGCACAGGGCCGCCGUGGUUCAGUGAAGAUGAAACUAAUAGAUAUUGCCAUGGAAGGAACAAGAUUUACAGAACGGGCUACAAUAUAUCUGGAACAUUCCACACAUUGUAUGAAAUAUGCUUUGAUAAAGAACUGUACACACCUGUGUAUGUGAAACAUGAGUUAACACCAAUGAGUAAUUUCAAGCAAGUCGGCGUAAGAAGACCUUCUUUUUAUGAGGGUCAAUUAUUUGGAAAAGUUCGAAUUUCACGCCUUUAUAAAAUUGAUAACCAAAGAAAAAUGUUACGCGGCAUCCUUGGUGCGGGCAUGGAUGAAAAAUAUAUUACGAAGAUUCAGUUCAUAAACCGCGGCCACCUAGCACCAAACGCGGACUUUACAUUGAACGCUGAACAGCGAGCCUCCUUUCACUAUGGUAAUGCGGCGCCGCAAUGGAUGAGGGGCAAUGCUGGGGACUGGGCUGCUGUUGAAGAUGCCGUGCGCAGACGAGUGAACGCUCUCAACACUACAGUGACAGUGUACACCGGGGCUUACGGUGUGGCCACACUUGCGGACGAGAAUAAUGUACAACAGAAAAUAUAUCUUGGAGUUGAUGGCAAUAAUAAUUUUAUUGUGCCAGUGCCCUUAUAUUUCUUCAAGGUUAUCUAUGACCCGCAAGAGCGCAAAGCCGUCGUCUUCGUACUUAUAAACUCAACAUAUUAUAACACUAGUACGAUAGACGAAUUAUCAUUUUGUUCUGAUAUUUGUGACGAUAAAAAGUUCUCUUGGUUAAGAUGGCGGAACGAUGGUACUCAUAGUUUCUGUUGUGAAUACGAAGAUUUUGUUGAACAUAUAGAUGUAUUGCCUAAAUUGAAUGUGCAGGGGCUUUUUUAUUAAAUGUUAUAAACAAA